UCGUAUCAACCUGGUUCCGAACACACCGGAACGGAUCCUCGUCCGAUGAGGAUCGCCUGACAACCGGUCAGGCUGGUCAGUCAACCGGUACCAUCUAUUAAUUGAUUCACGUGUGUUUUUUGUGUUGAUAAUUCAGCUAAAAUACUCGGGACUAGUAUGCCGAAAAGUUGAAAUCAUCGUUGUGUGAUAAGAAUGAGAACUUUGACGGCGAAAGUUGAUUGAAACACUGCCAAUCCCUUCGUCGCGAGGACUUUGCGAGGGAUCGAAGCAUGGGCCGCACAGGAUACACGUGCAUCAGGCACGUUUUCUGCUCCCUCAACGUUCUCAUUUGGUUAUGCGCUUGUGGAAUUUUGGGUGCAGGCCUGUGGCUACGAUUGGCUUACUCCGGAUACACGACCUUGGUGCCGCAUUACAGUUUCGCGUCAGCUGAUUCGCUGCUGUUGGCCGCUGGAUGUGUGACCUUCGUCAUCGCCUUCUUCGGAUGUUGUGGUGCAUGGUUUCAAUCGAGAUGCAUGUUAAUCACGUACUUUUUUUUGGUUAUACUGAUGUUCCUCGGUGAAUCCAUGUUGGGUACUCUGGCCUUCAUCUUUAGAGAACAUUUAUCGAAGAGCUUGAAGGACGAGCUUCUUUUCGGUAUUGAAAAACAUUAUAAUCUGACCAGGGAACCUGGUACUCUUCCUGCUAUAUGGGACCACAUACAUACAGAGUUCCAUUGCUGCGGUGUACGAGACUAUACCGACUGGUUCCGGAUCGACGCAUGGCCGACGGAAGACCGCGUACCCGAUUCCUGUUGCAUACAGAGGGAACGAUAUUGCGGUCGUCUUGGCCCUGGGGAACGAAACAAGGAACAUUGGUAUCAAGAAGGUUGCGCAACAGCUAUUCAAAUGUGGCUAGUUACUAGGCUUCACGUGGUCGGAACCGUUGGUCUUGUUGUGGCUUUCCUUCAGCUAUUCGGACAGGUGGCCAGCAUGAUCUUGUUCUGCACCGUCAGGCACAAGAGAUCAUCCCACACGUACAAGAGUUACGAUACUGCGAACACCUAGAAUUUCAGAUGGAUCUUAGACGAAACCAGUGUCUAAGAUCCAUCGAAUUCAACCAAUUAUAUAUUACACGUUAUAUUCGCGAUGAUCACGAUCUUCUUCGUGAUAUGUCUGAAGAAGAUUUCGAUUGUCGCAUGCGCUACUCCUCGAGCGAGAUAUGGAUCCUUGUAAAUUUCCUUCGUUGCCUUCGAUGCUAUUCCGUAAUGCUAAGAGGCGAAAAAGACUCCUUUUCUAUCGUAGAAUUUGAGUAGGACCAGUGAUCACUGCGAAUCAUCACGACUCUGCGUAAGCGUUAAAGAUCGUUACGAAGGUCGUGAAAUUUCUGCUAAUCCGCGAAAGAGAUAAUAGGACGAGUUGAUAAACGAGCACGGCUUCAAAGAUGCACAAGAUGCACCAUUACUUGACUCGUUACUUUCGAUGAAUGAUUGCUUUUCCUAAAGGACCAGCUUGACGAGUUUUUAACAAAAUACCUUCGAUUUAUAGGAAUAACGACGACAUACUGUCGAGGACGAUCCGACAAGUGACUACUAUCACAUCAUUUUAAUCGACUUUCGAUCGUUAGAACGUUAGAUCGUUAGUAUGUGAGAGAAUUUUAUAUCGUAGAAUGCGAAUGUUUUAUGUUACCUUGCAUGCGAACCUGUUUAUUCAUUAGAGAUAACGUUGAUCGCACGCGGAGAUUACCAAAAUUACGUUUCGUACAACGAGGCUAUGUUCGAUGAUCUUUUUGUCAAUAUUUUAUUACCUUCUAUUUGUUAAAAAGCUGCCUGGUUGUGCGAACGUGAGCAUUAUUUUUACUCGUUAUCGUUUAAGGUCGAAUCGACACACCCGUGGAACCUGCAAUUUCUAAGAUUUUCCUUUCGCUUAGCUUUAAAUCCUCGGGUGUGUUGAUAGCUCGUUUUUACCGUAUUUGAUCGUAUAAAACAUCAUCGCGUAGUUGAUAAUUUAACAGCACUUGAAGUCUAAUAUUUGUUUUGAAGAAGCGUGGUUUCGAGUGCAGCUUGUUACGAUAUUGCAAAAGUCGUUUACAUUGCAUCACGCUACAAAAUGUUCGACACGACGUUACGUUGUACGUACCUAUAUCGUUCGAAUAAUAAAUAAUAUAUUUAUGCGACAA